GGCCAAACGGCGAUUGAUCGAAUGAUUGGAACUUUAACAUGUCAAUCAUUUACUUGCCUCCGCCUGCUGCGUCGAAGGACUUCCUGAAAACGCUCGUGCCUCCCCUACAGCUCAGGAAAGCUGGAGAAACUCGCCAUGUAGGGGGACAAAAAUAAGGGCACCUACAACAGCCUGAAUACAAGCAGGACAACUAUGACCUGACACCUUCUUCCAGCACUUCUCUUUAUUUUUGUGGUGGUGGUGGUUUAUUUAUCUGCCAUUUUUGAAAGAAUAUCUUGCAUGGAUGGAGUCAUAGAGUACAAGAUUCAUGGAUGUCACAUGUUGGAUGAUUUGGCAUUUAUUUAUUGGAUGAGCUAGGACACACAAGUACCCUUCACCACUACAAUAUCUGACACUAUUUCGGACCAAGACCAGAAGUGACAUCCCUGUUCAUCUAUAUCACAUUCUCAGCCCUGUUGUAAUGUUUUUUAUUUUCAGCUUUUUUAAGCACUAUUCUCAGCUGUACAAUUGCUUUGACUCUUAAUGUUUGUUUGUCCUAAAUGUUUUGUAGCAUUUUUAAGGUUAUAUUACAUUAUAACCUUACUUUUUGUUAAUUUUGGUUUCUGAUGUACUUGACAACGAAAAUUGAAAUUGUGCUUCCUGUCUUAUUUAAACAAAUCGUGAGAAACUUUAUUUGUUUAUCUAGUAACUUAAGAAUUGCUUUUAAUGAUUAUUUAUGUAGACGCACAAAUAAUUUAGCUGUGUUUAAUGUUGAUGAGAGAGGCUUUUUCUCAUACUGUAACAUUUUGAAGUCAAAGACAGAACAGAAAAAUAAUCUGGCUGAGCUCCACAGCCGUUUUUGUUUUUUUACACAAAAUAUAAUAAUGUGUAUAUUGUAGGAAUAAUUAUAGGAAUAUUUUCUUGCAACACUAAACUGGAAGUCUGUUUAUGUGUGUGGUGUUUAGUUCAGAUGUUAAUAAGAGGAUUGGGCAUUGGUUCAGGCAGAUUGCACUUGUGUGGCAAAGAAUCGAAAUUGAUCAGGGAUAGUAAAGCCUGCUGAAGUUUUUUUGUUUUGAAUAGACAACUGCUGAAGGACUGUCUUUUAAAACUGGUUUAAAAUUCAGUUUACUCAAAAGUUGACCACUGUCUACAACAACGUCCAGUGUAUCCGUCCAAACGAGACCAAAAACUGAACUCUGCAUGAGGCGUUCGCAUUGUCUACUCCAUACAUACCCUCCACUUCCCUGUGGAACUACUUCUGAACACAGACAUUGAAAAUGCGCUCCCCAGGAUCGGAGAACCUGUCCGUUACAGAGGAGGCGCUGCUACAUGGCCAGUUUGGUGGAUGGAGCACUGGAGGGGGAAGUGGCAGUGGAAGUAGCAGUAGCAGCUGCCCCAAUAGCCCUGGAGGUGUGUCUGUACCAUCCAGCCCUGUGUCCACCAGCUACGCCCUGACCCUUACACCAACUCACAUCCACGUCCAGCGGUUGUCUCCACGCACAGGGAAACAAUCCAGGCUACUGUUGCCGCUGGCAGAGCUGACUGGCUGCAGCUGUCCACGGUUACCAGCCCCACCAUUGCUUGUGUUUUACUGGUACCCUCCAGGUCGACGCAGAAAGGGUGUGUCAAGACACAGACAGGUGAGGGCUUAUUUGGCGGAGAGCAGAGCUGAGGCGGAAACAUGGAAUGCUGCUAUACAAUGCCUGCUGAGGGGAAUGCACGUCAGCUCCACUACAGAAUUUAGCAAAAGCAUGUUGCCUCGUCCCCGUCGACUGUUGCUGCUGGUCAAUCCAUUCAGUGGACGGGGUCAAGCCAUGCAGUGGUGUCAAACACACAUACUUCCGAUGAUAAGAGAAGCCAACAUCAGCUACAACCUCAUACAGACGGAGCGUCAGAAUCAUGCACGCGAACUGAUCAGAGAGAUCUCAUUACUGGAAUGGGAUGGAAUCAUCAUUGUAUCUGGAGAUGGACUUUUGCAUGAGGUGAUAAAUGGUCUCUUGGAAAGGCCAGACUGGGAACAAGCAAUAAAAACCCCUGUAGGAAUUCUGCCUUGUGGCUCUGGGAACGCCCUUGCUGGUUCUAUCAACCACUAUGCAGGAUAUGACAUGUGCCUUCGGGAGCCUCUCUUGCUCAACUGCUGUUUCCUGCUUUGCCGGGGUGGGGUUCGACCGAUGGACCUGGUGUCUGUUACAACAAGCCCGUGUGCUGCUUCAUCCACAUCCAAUCAGAACGGGCACCCACCUGCUCCAAAAAGACUUUUCUCUUUCCUGUCUGUGGCGUGGGGUUUCGUGUCCGACGUGGACAUUGAGAGCGAACGCUACAGAGGACUGGGCUCUGCACGGUUUACACUGGGAACUCUGGUGAGGUUGGCCUCGUUGCGCUCUUACAAGGGUCGUCUUUCAUACCUGCCACCCGGUACGGUGAACCCGUCCCAAGAUUCUACGCCCCAGCCACCACGCAGACCUCUUUCUAGAAGUAUUACAGAGGGUUUGGAAGGAUAUUGUCGCACGCCCAUCCAUCGGACUUGCUCUGACAUGGGCCUGAGUGAGGAAAGAAGCCUUCGGAAGGGAGACGGGGAGAGAGAGCGAGAACGAGAGAGGGAGAGGCAGGAGAGAGAGCGUGAGAGAGAGAGGAGGAGAGAAAGGGCAAGGGGCGUGGGAAUAGUAAGAGCCUCCAGUCUAGCAGAGGAUAGAGAGAGAGAAAUCGAAGCAGAAGAGAAGAUGGAGGAGACAUCAGGGACCAGCUCGGAAUCAAACGAAAGGGAAGACUGUGAUAACAUAGCCACAAAUAAUGGAAACGGACAGGCUGAAGAGGAUACGGGGAAACUCGAUGAGAUCGACAGACAAGGAGUGUUGAGAGCGAGAGAGUUGAGUGACAGUGACGAGCUCGAUGAAGGAAAGGAGGUAAGCGUUUGUGAAGGAAGUUAUCAAACCACACCGACUGACCUGCCACCAAAACUACGCAAGAACUCUGCCCCCUCUAGCCAGAACAUGAAUGCCUUCUUUAGCCAGCCAAUCAGUGCAGACGCUGAACAGGACUUUGAGGUAGCAGCCUAUGGGAAGGAAGAUGAAGAUUUAAAUGGAACCUACUUUAAGAGAGAUGCGUACACACUGGACAAAUCUCGAGAGAGAGCCCUUACCAUAUCUUCCUCUCCAUUCCGCCAGUCUCCUUUUAAAUCAUUGAAAUCCAAAACUGUGGACCAGAACCAGAACACCUCACGACCACGCCCCCUCUCCCUUCUCCCCCAAUCAAAUUCGAACUCUCUCCCCCCAAAAUUUCCAUCCCUCUCUAUGUCCCUUUCCCCAACCCCUCCUUCAUCCCCAUCUUGUGCUUCUCCCCGUUCUUCCUAUCUUGCCCCACGUCCCAACACUCCCAGCUCAUCUUCUUCAUCACCGUCCUUUCAUUCACCAUCGCCUUCUUUCAACUUUGACCUUGCCGAGCCAGCAGGACCACUGAAGAACCGCCCUCACAUGACAUCCUCCAUCAACCUGCCUGAGGAUGAUCUGCUACCUCCUUUGGACCAGCCUCUGCCUACAAGAGACUGGGUCACCAUCGAGGGCGAUUUCGUCCUAGUCCUUGCGAUCUACCAGUCUCACCUGGGAGCAGAUCUUUUCGCUGCCCCCCAGGCUCGAUUUGAUGACGGUUUGAUCCAUCUGACAUUUGUACGGGCUGGUAUUUCCCGUGCAACACUACUCAGACUGUUCCUAGCAAUGGAGAGAGGAGCGCAUUUGUCUGUUAGUUCUCCGUACGUUAGUCAUGUUUCAGCUCGGGCAUUCCGUCUUCAACCGCUCUCAUCACGAGGAACACUAACUGUGGAUGGGGAGCUGGUGCCCUAUGGGCCUCUGCAGGCACAGGUUCAUCCCUCCAUGGCCCGUUUGAUUGUUGGGGAUUCGGGAGUGAAGAUUACAAGAUUCUGACCCGUUUAAA